GAGGAGGCAAGAUGGCGGCAGAGGUGGAGGAGAAGGGCUUCGAGCACAUGGGGCUGGACGGGCGGCUGCUGAGGGCGGUGGCCGAGCUGGGCUGGGCAGUGCCCACGGCCAUCCAGGCCCGUGCCAUCCCGCUGGCACUGGAGGGCAGGGACGUGCUGGCCCGGGCCAGGACGGGCUCGGGCAAAACGGGAGCGUACGGCCUGCCCCUGCUGCACAAACUGCUGGGCAUCAAGGAGGCGUCCCCGGCGGUGCCGCAGGCCGUGCGGGCGCUGGUGCUGGUGCCCUCAGCGGAGCUGGCACGGCAGGUGGGGCACACCCUGCGCCGCCUGGCCGCCUUCUGCGCCCGCCGCCUGCGCGUGGCCGAGCUCUGCGGCCACUCGGACCUCGCUGACCAGCGGCCGGUGCUGAUGGAGCAGCCGGACGUGGUGGUGGGCACGCCGGGCCGUGUCCUGGCACACGUGGCCGGGCACAGCCUGGCACUGCGGCCGUGCCUGGAGCUGCUGGUGCUGGACGAGGCCGAUCUGCUGCUCUCCUUCGGCUUCGGAGACGACAUCCGGGCCCUGCUCUGCCACCUGCCCAAGAUCUACCAGACCCUGCUGGUGUCGGCCACGCUGAACCCCGAGCUGGAGGCGCUGCAGGAGCUGGUGCUGCACAACCCCGUGCAGGUGGUGCCCCCCGAGCCGCGCCUGCCGGGCCGUGCCCAGCUGCAGCAGUUCCAGCUGCGCUGUGGCUCCGAGGAGGACAAGUUCCUGCUGCUGGCGGCGCUGCUGAAGCUGCGGCUGCUGCGGGGCCGCGCGCUGCUCUUCGCGGGCAGCCUGGCCCGCGCCUUCCGCCUCAAGCUCUUCCUGGAGCAGUUCGGCAUCGCCGCCUGCGCCCUCAACCCCCAGCUGCCCGCCAGGUCCCGGUGCCACGUCAUCGCGCAGUUCAACCGCGGUCUCUACGAUUUCAUCGUGGCCACCGACGAGGAGGGGCCGGCAGAGCCCCCACGGCACCGCCCGGCGCGGGGGGACACGGCCAGGAAGGGUGGCAGGAGGGGACAGUCCCCGCAGUGUCCCCAGGACCCCGAGUUCGGGGUCUCUCGUGGCAUCGAUUUCCAGAACGUCGCCGCCGUCAUCAACUUCGAUGUCCCCAACUCGGUGGAGACCUACAUCCACCGCGUGGGCAGGUGUCCCUGUCCCCAGGACGGCGCGUGGGGACAGCCCUGGCACGGCGCUGACGCUGGCACUGCCCGACGAGCUCGAGGGGCUGCGGCGCAUCGAGGACGCGCUGGCAGCAGAGGACGGGCAGUCCCUGCUGCAGCCCUACGAGUUCCGCAUGGAGGAGAUCGAGACGCUGCGGUACCGCUGCAGGGACGCCAUGCGUGCUGUCACCAAGCAGGCCGUGCGCGAGGCGCGGCUGCGGGAGCUGCGCCAGGAGCUGCUCAACUGCGAGAAGCUCAAGUGCCCCCCAGCCUCCGCGGCGUCGCCGACCCCAACCCCAAAAAGAGAAAAUGUCCCCGAGGGGCAGGGCCCGACGGGCGGGGAGCAAGCCGCGCGGCUCCGGGAACCCCCUGCAGAGCUUCCGCUUCGCCCGGCGCGGGCACGGCCGGGCACGGCCGGGCACCAACUGAGCACCUGGGCACGGCCGGGCACAGCCGGGCACCAACUGAGCACCUGGAACACCUGGCACACCUGGGCACGGCCGGGCACCAACUGAACACCUGAACACCUGGGCACAGCCGGGCACAGCCGGGCACCAACUGAGCGCCUGGAACACCUGGGCACAGCCGGGCACAGCCGGGCACCAACUGAGCACC